AUGGAUGUUAUGAAAGUGCGAGACUGGACCUAUCUAGAGGACCCCCCUCAAGAUAUUGGUCCAGCUCGACAUCUUCUCGAGAGUUACAGUAAAAUCCCCUACAAUGAUCUUGAUGGUCACAUACGCCGGGUUCGCGAGAAGGCCUGGUGCGUCUCACAAUACCCCUGCGUUGGGCGAUGGAAAUUUCUCUAUAUCCCAGAUCCCAAAGAUCCUCGGUAUCAGCAGGCUCUCUUCCGCCUCAACGUCGCCGGCUCUAGAGAUGUCCUUCUUGACCUCGGAUGUGGUGUUGGACAAGUAAUCCGUCAAUUUCGGGCAGAUGGAGUUGACGGCGCUCAACUAAUUGGUACUGACCUGCAGUCCAAAUUUAUCGAUAUUGGCUAUGAUUUGUUUCAGGACAGACAUCUGUUGGACGCCACUUUCGUUGCCGGCGACAUGUUGGAUCCUGCUGAUAAGACUAUGUCUUCUCUACGCGGCAAGAUUACAAUGGUCCAUGCAGGCAGCUUCUUUCAUCUCUUCAAUUGGAUCCAACAACUUUACAUUGCCAAACGGGUCGUCGAGUUCUUGAAGCCAGGCACGAAGAACGCAUUGAUAUAUGGCCGGCAGGUCGGCACGAAUCAUCCAGGACCAUCGUCAACCAGCACGCGAUCUGCUUACUUGCAUGACCAAGCAAGCUUUCAACGACUAUGGGACGAAGUUGGCGCCUUGACCAAGACGCGAUGGCAGGUACAGGUCGAACCGACAGGCGAGCCUGUCUCCAAGGUCACAGGAUUCAGCAACCACGCAUUCCCCGUCAAUUUCACCAUUUACCAAGUAUCGUGA